AUGGACGGGCCGCCGCCACCGAAGCGGGCCAAGCCGACGACCGACGCGGGCUGCCUCUUGACUGGCGCCUUGGCGCGCCACGUCAUGUGCUACCUCCGAGAUGCGACCGACGUCAAGCGCUUUCUCCAAGUACUGCCACGGCUGCGCGACGACGCACCGCUGCAGAGCCUCUUGGCCUUGCUCCAGCGCGUGCACGACCCGUCCGUCGUCUGGCCCAUCGCAAGCCUCUCGGACCUCUACGCUCCUUCCGCCUCCAGCGCCAGCUCGAGCUCGCCGGCUGGUCUCGACCGUCUCGUACAGGUGGCGCUGCCCGUUCUCCGGCAGCUCCACGUGAAUGCCUUCAUCGCGACACCGCCGAUCGCGCGCUACGUGCCGCUCAUGGCCAACACGACCGUCUCGGCGCUGGUCGGCGACUUGCGAGAGAUUGAAGCGACGUACGGGCUCUGGGCGCCACAGAUCACAUCGCUCUCGGUGACGGACCCGCAAUGCGAGACGUGGCCGCAUCUUCGCCGCGUGCUCGCGCUCUGCCCACGGUUGCAGUCGCUUACGUACUUUGUCUGGCGCGGGUCCGAGACGAGCCGGCACGUCACGAUGGACAUCUCGUGGUUGGCAGAGUACAUGAUGACGCAAUCCAGCCUCGAGAACGUGCAUCUCACGGGCCUGCCACUUACAACCGAGGCGGCGACGCUCAACGUGCACGAGAUGCCGCCGCUGCUCCGCGCGCUUGGUGCCGCAAGCCGACCCUUGUUUCCACCACAGCUCACUUGCCUCCACCUUACCGCCGUCGACUACCACGCCGCCAACGACAUUACCGCCGUGGCCCUCAAGCUGCAGACGUCGCACGUGCGUACGCUCGAUAUCCGGACCGUCGCGCUCUGCAACCUCACGCGGGCCGUGACCGCACUCGGGAGAGCGCCGGCCUUGCAGUCCUUGACACUUCUGCACGGAGUUCUCGACGAUUUCGCGCCAUUGACGUCCUUGCGUCGCCUGCACUUGUCGUCCAUGCGGCUCUCGCGACGCGCGAUCAUGGCGAUCGCAAGCCUUAUGGUCACAUCCCAAUGUCUCGUGUCCGUCACGUUGGACAACUGCUACCACGAUCCACACGACGACGCGACGAGUCCCUUUCUGGCGCUGACGACGGCGCUGCCGGCGUUCUUUGGUCGCGCAGGGCAAGCGCUGGCCAUGAGUGUGCAGGACGUGGCGGUCGCCGCUGGCUUCACGACGGCCAUGUACAAGAUCUCAACGCCCAAGUCGGCGACGCUGGAAUUGCAUGCAAGCGCGCUGCCGAUGGCGGCGUUACGGGCCUUGGUGAGUGCGAUUGGAUGCGGCACGACGCUGCGACUGGUGGUGCGCACGCUGGCGAGCGCCGAGGCGUUGAUGGCCCAUGCGACGCGCCGCCAGCUGCAUGCGGCCAAAAAGCCCAUGUACGAAUGGCAUUUUGGUCGAUCCGUGCCCGACAUCAAGUACCAAGUAGCGUGCUCACAUGGUGGUUGA